AUGGAAAAUCGACACUUUACUGGCCGUGAAUCCACGCUGGAUGAGCUUAAAAACAAGCUAUUUCUCCAAGCGAAUACUGAAAAACUAGCCCUAUUCGGACUAGGUGGCAUCGGCAAAACCCAGGUUGCUCUUCAGCUGGCCCGCUGGGUGAAAGCGCAUGUACCAGACUGCUCUAUUUUCUGGGCUCCUGCCCUAAGUCUCGAGAGUUUUGAGCAGGCAUGUGCGCAAAUCGCGAAAGAGCUUCAAAUCUAUCAGAAUGCAGACGGUGAAAGUGCGAUGGAAAUGGUGCACCGACAGCUGAGCUCUGAUAAAGCCGGAAAGUGGCUUUUCAUUGUCGAUAAUGCCGAUGACGUGGACUUACUUUCCGAUGAGCUUGAUCAGCAUUUCCCCGCUAGUAAGAACGGCGUAACUUUGCUCACUACUCGUUCCCGCGAGGUAGCGAUGUCUUUCGCCGGAAGGCAUAUAGUUGAGCUCCAAAAGAUGACAAUCGAGGAAGGAAUCGCUUUUCUUACUAAGAUUGUAGGAGAAGAGUCGCUUUGUGGCAAGGAAUCCACUAUACAGUUAUUAGAGGAGCUGAACUUCCUACCUCUAGCCAUUUCACAGGCCGCUUACUAUAUUUGUCGAAAUGAUGGAACGACCACACGGUACCUCGAGAUUAUGCAGAAAACUGAAAAAGACCGGAUGCGUCUAGCGAGCAGAAACUUCCACGAUAGCACUCGCUACCGGAAAAUGCCAAACGCGGUGACUACCACAUGGCUUAUCUCAUUCAAUCAAAUCAAGGGCUCUGAUCCCUCUGCUGCUGAUUUGUUGGAAUUUAUGUCUUACCUUGAGCCAAAGGCAAUCCCACGAUCUGUUCUCCCAACUCUCAAUUCGGAAGAAGAGAUGGAAUUUGCAAUUGGCACGCUGUGCAGCUAUGGAUUUCUGACUAGGAGAGACAAUGAGGAUAUGUUUGAUAUGCAUAGCCUCGUACAGCUAUCAACACGAAUGUGGAUAACAGAUGCACAGAAGACGCAACAGAUUAUCGCGAUUGUAACCCAACAUAUGGAAAGAUGUUUUCCAUCUGAUGAAUACACAAAUCGUGAGAUAUGGAGAAUCUACCUACCACACGCCCUUAAAAUUCUCAGGAGAGAGGAAAGCAGAGAUGUAAGGGAGAGGUAUAGCUUACUUUCCAAGGUCGGAAAAUGCGUCCUAGCUGGUGGCCGAGCGAAAGAAGCUGUCAAUCUUUUUAGAGACGUGUGUGCGUGGAGUCAAAGCCACCAUGAUGAAGAACAUCCCUCUCGACUGGCGUCUCAGCACGAACUCGCACGGGCAUAUCAAUCUAACGGGCAGAUCAAGCAGGCUGUGGAGCUACUUGAACACGUAGUCGCAGUGCGAGAGAGAACGCUUGAUGAAGAACAUCCCUCUCGACUGGUGUCUCAGCACGUACUUGCAGGGGCAUAUCAAUCCAACGGGCAGAUCAAGCAGGCUGUGGAGCUACUUGAACACGUAGUCGCAGUGCGAGAGAGAACGCUUGAUGAAGAACAUCCCUCUCGACUGGCGUCUCAGCACGAACUCGCACGGGCAUAUCAAUCCAACGGGAAGAUCAAGCAGGCUGUGGAGCUACUUGAACACGUGGUCGCAGUGCAAGAGAGAACGCUUGAUGAAGAACAUCCCUCUCGACUGGCGUCUCAGCAGGAACUCGCAGGGGCAUAUCAAUCCAACGGGCAGAUCAAGCAGGCUGUGGAGCUACUUGAACACGUGGUCGCAGUGCAAGAGAGAACGCUUGAUGAAGAACAUCCUGAUCGACUGGCGUCUCAGCACGUACUUGCAGGGGCAUAUCAAUCCAACGGGCAGAUCAAGCAGGCUGUGGAGCUACUUGAACACGUGGUCGCAGUGCAAGAGAGAACGCUUGAUGAAGAACAUCCCUCUCGACUGGCGUCUCAGCACGAACUCGCACGGGCAUAUCAAUCUAACGGGAAGAUCAAGCAGGCUGUGGAGCUACUUGAAUACGUGAUCGCAGUGCGAGAGAGAACGCUUGAUGAAGAACAUCCUGAUCGACUGGCGUCUCAGCACGAACUCGCACGGGCAUAUCAAUCCAACGGGAAGAUCAAGCAGGCUGUGGAGCUACUUGAACACGUGGUCGCAGUGCAAGAGAGAACGCUUGAUGAAGAACAUCCUGAUCGACUGGCGUCUCAGCACGUACUUGCAGGGGCAUAUCAAUCCAACGGGCAGAUCAAGCAGGCUGUGGAGCUACUUGAACACGUGGUCGCAGUGAAAGAGACAACGCUUGAUGAAGAACAUCCCUCUCGACUGGUGUCUCAGCGCGCUCUCCGAAUCGUGACGCAGUCGAUCAGAGUGCAGAUCACGGACAAAAUGUUCUCAUCAUCUCCCACUGAUACUAGGGCUUAG